AUGGUACCCCCUGCCAACUUGGACCAGACUCGACCCGAACUUGAAGGCGAGGACCAAGGAAAUCUGCGCAGCGCAACCAUCUUGAUGAUGGGAAUGCUUGAGCCAAAUAUUCGCGACACGCUUGAUGAAGCUACGCUGCGAAGCCCAGCCAACAUGCUCACCCUGGAUAAAGUGCAGCAAGAGAUGUUCGCAUCAUCCCUGAUUUACCUGGAGGCGACAUCUGACUCAUGCGAGUAUUGCUUAUGGUCACCACUAGACGACGGCGUCGGGCGACGGGACUCAAAAUGA